AUGUCUCACACCUCUCAAACCCUAAUGCCUCUCGAUUCCGAAGAACCACCUUCGUUAACCUCGAUUCCCUCUCCCCCUGAUCCAUCCCCAAAUUCUGCAUCCACCGCUCUCCAUAUCUCCUUCAACCAAGACUCCGGUUGCUUCGCGGUUGGCACCGAUCAAGGCUUCCGAAUCUUUAACUGUGACCCUUUCCGUGAAAUAUUCCGACGUGAUUUCGGUCAUGGCGGGGGAAUCGGUUUGGUUCACAUGUUGUUCCGAUGCAAUAUUCUUGCUUUCGUUGGCGGGGGAUCGGACCCUCGGUAUCCGGCUGAUAGGGUGAUGAUCUGGGACGAUCAUCAGUCGCGGUGUAUCGGAGAGUUGUCUUUUCGAUCGGAGGUGAAAGGUAUUCGUCUCCGGAGGGAUAGAAUUGUUGUUGUUUUGGGGCAUAAGAUUUUUGUUUAUAAUUUCUCUGAUCUUAAGGUUCUUCAUCAAAUUGAGACUAUUACAAACCCUAAGGGUCUCUGUGAGGUUUCGCAUCAUUUGGAAAAUAUGGUGUUGGCUUGUCCUGGGUUGCAGAAAGGUCAGAUUAGGGUUGAACAUUAUGCUUCCAAGAGAACCAAGUUCAUCAUGGCACAUGAUUCUAGGAUUGCUUGUUUCAACAUAACCCAGGAUGGACUUUUACUUGCUACUGCAAGCUCCAAGGGGACUCUCAUUAGGAUUUUCAAUACCUUGGAUGGUUCUUUGCUCCAAGAGGUACGAAGAGGUGCUGACCGGGCUGAGAUAUAUAGCCUUGCCUUUUCUCCCACGGCUCAGUGGUUAGCUGUCUCGAGUGACAAGGGAACUGUUCAUGUAUUCAACCUGAAGGUUGAUUCAGGGUUGUUGGGGCACGAGAGAUCACAUACUACAUCUGAGUCUAGUCCUACUAGUCCAUCGGCAGCUUUGUCUCUCUCAUUUAUUAGAGGUGUAUUACCGAAGUAUUUUAGCUCAGAAUGGUCUGUGGCUCAAUUUCGCUUGCAAGAAGGUUUACAGUAUAAUGUUGCCUUUGGCCAUCAGAAAAAUACAAUUGUAAUACUCGGCAUGGAUGGCAGCUUCUAUCGAUGUCAGUUUGAUUCUGCAACCGGUGGGGAGAUGACACAACUUGAAUAUUACAAUUUCCUAAAGCCAGAAGAGACAUUCUAG